UCCAGUUUCGGCGGUUUUCGUGGACCUUUUCGUUUCCGUCUCACGCGUCUCACGCCGCUAGGGACCCUUGCAAUCGGAUUUCCAAAUGUUGUGGUAGUGAACGUUGGUGGUGGCUACCGGUGGCUACUUCGCUCUUCGGUUUUUCAUGCCACCGUAUUUCCGCGAUGGCUACGUCCACGGGAACUCGUCGGGAAGAUAAAAAACAGGAGACCACAACGCUGCCGUUGCAUGACAGGAUGAUGCAAGUAGUUGAUAAACAUGGCGAACUGAUACAAGUUCAGGCAUUGAGCAGAGGAUUCGUAGAGCUUGUGUACUGGCUGAAAUACCGACCAGCGAGAUGCAUCUUCAGCUUCGAGGACCAAAUGCAGAUAUGUGCCAAUCAGCUCGACAAUCUCGCAGAGCAGUACAGGGCUCCCAUCGACGAGUGGCUGGCUCGCAUGACUCAUAUUGAGCAGGAUCUGACGAAGGCCCUUAGGAUUCCACAUAACAGGUUCUGGUCGCAUGCAAUGUAUGAUGAUGGAUUCCACCAGCUGCUGGAGUCUUACCUCCGCCUGGCCCCGAGGUACACGGAACUUCACCGCUACCUUAUCACCAAGGAGAUGGAGGAUGUUGAAGACAGGGUGUACAAGCUGGUGUUCCGCACCUUCCUGCGGCUGUCCACUUACAAGGAGUCCAAGGUGAAUCACAUUGACAAGGAGAAAUUUGCCAACCUCCUCUACGACAACUUCAUCUUUGACAUCCCGAAGAUCUUUGACUUGUGCGUCCUGUUCCAGCGAGGCAAUCACGACCUCGUCUGCCGCAUGGUCGAGAACAUCAUGGGUUGUCAACAGAAGUACACCUCGGACCUGAAAGACAUCGAAGACACCAUGCUCAUGGCAUUUGAGAGAGCGGUGCACUCCAUUCAGUCGGACAUCGACGAUGAUGAAUUUGAGACGCUGCCGAGACGGCUAGACGACCUGGCGAAAGGAUCGGAGCUGAGCUCCAUGCCCUUCUGGAAGCUGCUGGAGAGGGUCACAUACACCGUGGACAUUGCAGCCAGCCUGCUGGCCUUCUUCGAGGUCUAUCCAGCCGUCGCAAAGAUCUUUACUCUUGGGACUGUCGGACCUCGGUUAGCGGAAUUCUUUGACUCGACCUUUCCCGUCCUGAAGGAGGAACUCAUCCGUCGCAACAAGCUCAAGAGCUUUGAGCCAGUGUUCACCAUGGUGAAGAAGCGACUCUCCUACGCCAAGACCUGUAUCCUGAAGGUGUUCCGGUCCAUGCUCCAGCAGUCCUGCCUGCAGCCGCUCACCGAGCUGGGUCAAGAGAAACCAACAGGCCAGGAACUUCCCUACCUGGAAUCUUUCUUCGAAGUCAUCUGCAACUGCCUGACAGAGAAACACUUCAUCUUUGCAUACCAGCAGCUCUACCCGGUGGAAGAAGACAUUGGAAUGUUUGAACAGUUCAAUUUCUUUGUGGACAACACGAGAGUGUUGUAUGUCCUCCAAAGCAUAUGCAUGGUGUACGUGGGACUGGGCUGCACGCCUCCGACGAACCUCUCCACUGCACAGGACCUGGCCACGAAACCGAAGGCAGAGAAAACGAUACCUUCCUUCCACAACGCCAGCAACAACAACGCUGGCAGCGGCGGCAGAGAGGAAGGAGCUUGCGGAGGCGGACCGUCAACUUCAUCGGCGGCUGCGGACCAGAGUUCCCAAGUGCAGAGCCUCGGGGAGCUUUUCCCAGAUAUGCCUUCGGAGUUCCUUCAGCAAUGCCUCGAGUACUACAACAACUAUGAGGAAGUGGUUAUGGCACUCCUAGACAACAACCUUCCUCCAAGCCUCUGUCAGCCAGAACCUUCAAGCUCACGGCUUGCCACGCUCGAAGCAAGGAGCAUCUACGACAAUGAUGAGUUUGACAUCCUACGGAGGGACGACGUGGAUUUGUCCAGAAUACACAUUGGAAAGAAGAGCAAGACGCCAAAGUCCCUGGACGAAAAGGGCCACGACAGAGUACUGAAGGAAGUCUACGAGAAGUACAGCAUGAUUCACGAGGACGUUGCAGAAGACACGUACGAGGACGAGUAUGACGACACGUACGAUUCCAACGACGUCGGUCUCGAGGAGCCGGCCCGUGGGGACGAACUGACGACGCGAAGGCCCUUCACCGUACCUCGUGUCUUGGAACCAAAGCAGGGGCGGAGGAAUGGAGACAGCCGCUAUGACGAUGGCGGAGGAGCCUUCGAAGAGGAAGAAGAGUGGCAGCCUCCGAGGGACCAGUUUGUGGCCAACCCGGCGGAGAUCCGCGAGCGGCGCGAGCAGAGGCAUCGGGAAAUGAUGGAGAGGAAAGGGGGACCUCCCAGGCAACGAAAUGUUAGAGGUGGCCCCCGCGGACGAGGCCAGUCAAGGGACGUGUUGCGGGACCGACAACUGAAGGAGAGGCACGGAUCUGCAGGGCAUAACCAGAGGGCCCAGGCAGACCACAAGCGCAGCAGAGGAAUGUACUCUUAGCGUCCGCACUCCUUCACCCUCUCCCCGUGUAGGUCUAUAGGCCCGACAACCGUCGGGUGCGGUGCAACGACGAUCCCCAAACGGACGGUGUUGGAACUCUACCGUGUUUUUGUGGGGCGGGCUGUGCAGGGUGUGUUUUUGGAGCAGCUGGUAUUUUUGUUUGGUAGAGCUCAAGAUUGCGUUUGUUUGGUAGAGCUCAAGAUUGCAACAAGCACCGCAUUCGUGGUCUGCAACACCGAAGGUGGUUCGUGGUUGACGUGAGCGCAAAAUAUUUUGGUCAGGGGGUUUUCCAAGAGCUUGGUGACAUUUAAUUUAUGUUUUGCGACGAUGAUAUGUUAGUGGCAUUUUGCAAACAUGUGGAGAUCUGUUUAAAAAUUUAUAUUAAUUCUAUUUGGUUGUUUUACUUUUGAUCCAAUAUUCAUUGACAGGUGUGGGUCGCAUUAACGUUUUAUUAUGCUGCUUAUAAGGUAAUUAAUUUAUCUGUCUUGACAGAGAAGAAGAUAACUCGGAAUGGUUUUGGUGGUACAAACUCAAGAUUGAAGUUGUUCGGCGUCCUGCACUAAGGAAAAAAGACUGCAGAUAUUAUAACGAGGUAGCGAGAAUGUUUUUCAAGGGCUAUUUCAUCGCUCAUACUGUAAUUAUUCUUUUUCUUUGCAAAUGAAUUGUCUUUCAUAUUUAAAUCUCGCAAAUAUGUUGUACAUACGAGAGAGUAUGCUAAUUAUUUUCCGAAUAUGUGCAACCAUGUACAUUGUUUGGAUUAUCAUAAAGCUAUUUUUUUCCACAACCA